CAUCAUCAUUUUUUGUUUGUUGUUUGCCCGUUUUCAUUGAUAUUUUUGUUUGAAAAUUAUUUCGGGUAACAAAAAAACCGUUCGCAAUUUUUUUUGAUACAAAAUUAAACAUGCCAACAAUUGCGGUUAAUCGUAAUGAAUUGUUUAAACGUUUAGGUCGUGUUUACACCGAAGAUGAAUUUAAUAAUCUUUGUUUUGAAUUCGGUAUCGAAUUGGAUGAAGUAACAUCGGAAAAACAAUUCAAAGCAAAAGAACAAGGUAUUACAGAUCAGGCAAUUACAGAUCAAGAAGAGAUUAUUUAUCGUAUUGAAAUACCAGCAAAUCGUUAUGAUCUACUUUGUUUAGAAGGAUUAGCACGUGCUUUGAAUAUUUUUCUGGAAAGAUCAACGAUUCCAAAAUACAAACUUUCUAAGCCAUCAUCAUUGAAACAGAAUGAAUUGAUUGUUUUACCAAACACCGAAAAAAUUCGACCAUUUGUUGUUGGUGCUAUAUUACGUGGUAUAAAAUUUACACAACUUUCAUACAAUAGUUUUAUUGAUCUACAAGAUAAACUACAUCAGAAUAUAUGCCGAAAACGAACAUUAGUUGCAAUCGGUACACAUGAUUUGGAUACAAUUAAAGGACCAUUCUAUUAUGAUGCUCGUGAACCAGAAUCAAUUGAAUUCCAACCAUUAAAACAGACAAGAAAAUUUAAUUCCAAAGAAUUAUUAGAAUAUUAUCUUUUAAAUGAUGAACAUAUUAAACCAUAUGUUUCAAUUAUAAAAGAUAGUCCAGUUUAUCCGGUUAUUUAUGAUUCAAACAAUAUUGUUCUUUCACUUCCACCAAUUAUUAAUGGUGAACAUAGUAAAAUUACAUUGAAUACCAGUAAUAUUUUUAUUGAAUGUACUGCUAUCGAUUUACAUCGUGCAACUAUUGUACUUGAUACAAUUGUCUGUUUAUUUUCUGAAUAUUGUUCUGAACCAUUUACAAUCGAACCGGUACAGGUAACACAAUCGGAUGGUAGUAAACAAAUUUAUCCAUUACUUAAAUAUAGAAAUGAAAAAAUUUCAAUGAAAUAUAUUAAAAAUAAUCUUGGCAUUGGUAUCGAUCUAAAUAAUAUAAAUCAAAUUUUAAAACGAAUGUAUUUGGAAUCGAAAACGAUUAAUAAUGAUGAAAUUGAAGUUUGUAUACCACCUGUACGACAAGAUAUAUUACAUCCAUGUGAUAUACUUGAAGAUAUUGGUAUUGGUUAUGGUUAUAAUCGUAUGCAAUUAUUAUUACCACAAUCAUUUACAAUUGGUAAACAAUUAUUAUUGAAUAAAAUAACUGAUCAACUUCGUAAUGAAAUUGCUCGAUGUGGUUUUACAGAAAUUUUUACCUUUAGUCUGUGUUCACGUGAUGAUAUUGCUGAUCGAAUGCGUGAUAAAGAUUCAUUGUCAAAAGCGGUGAAAAUAUCGAAUCCAAAAACAUUAGAUUUUCAAGUUGCUCGAACAUCAUUAUUACCUGGUAUAUUGAAAACAAUAGCAUCGAAUAAAAAUAUGCCUUUACCAUUGAAAUUGUUUGAAAUAUCUGAUGUUGUUCUUAAGGAUGAUAGUUAUGAUGUUUGUGCACGAAAUGAACGCUAUCUUUCGGCUAUUUAUUAUCAUAAAAAUUCUGGUUUCGAAAUUAUACAUGGAUUAUUGGAUCGUAUGAUGCAAGUGUUGGAAAUACCGAUGAAAAAUGAAACCAAUACUACUAUUGGUGGUUAUUAUUUACGAGCAAAAAAUGAUCCACGAUUUUUAGAUAAUCGUUGUGCAGAAAUAUUAAUCAAUGAACAAAUAAUUGGCAUUAUGGGUGUUGUACAUCCGGAAGUUGUUUGUAAUUUUGAAUUAACAAUGCCUUGUUCUGCUUUAGAGAUUACCAUACAGAACAUUUACUAGGGGAGUGUUUUAUGUGUGGGGAUUAUUGAAAAAAAAAUUUGAAAAACAAAGCAAAAAAUUUUCUUUUCUUUUUUU